UGAACAUCAGUACCGAAUACGAUUUCCUAUAAGCCCGCGUUGAUUGCUGUUCAGUGGACUCAAUCUGAGGGAUCUGAUACUAGAAGGACCACCCGUAAACAACCGUGAGAGAGGAGAGGGAAGGGCCAAACGAUUUCGGCCACUUUUCAAGAUGGCGGCUCCUGAAAAGCCAAGUGGUAAUCAAGAGCUACGAAAAAAGCUGCUGAUCAGUUUUACACCAGAAAACAACAGACCACAACAGCCACAGGUACAGAAUCCAAUAUCCCAGUUGGAUCUGUUAGGUUACCAAACACAGAGGGAAAGGAUGAAUGUAAGAUCACACAUGCUACAGACAACAGGAAAAUUACAAAUAGGAGAUAAGACAUAUGAUUUUACCGCCGAUGAUUUAAAAGAAUUAGUUGAAAUAGGAAGAGGAAAUUAUGGUUACGUCACAAAAAUGGUCCACGAAGUUAGCAGUACUGUGAUGGCUGUCAAGCGGAUACGCUCCACUGUAGAUGAACGGGAACAGAAACAACUGCUGAUGGAUCUGGAGGUUGUUAUGCGGAGUAACGACUGUCCCUUUAUUGUACAGUUUUAUGGAGCCCUGUUUAAAGAGGGUGAUUGUUGGAUAUGUAUGGAAGUGAUGGAUAUUUCCUUAGACAAAUUUUAUAAAUACAUUUACUGUGUCGUAUUCAGUUCAAUACCAGAGGACAUCUUAGGAAAAAUUACAGUAGCAACUGUGAAAGCAUUGAAUUAUUUAAAAGAAAAUUUGAAGAUUAUACAUAGAGAUGUAAAACCUUCUAACAUAAUGUUAGAUCGUAAAGGCAACAUCAAACUCUGUGAUUUUGGUAUCAGUGGACAGCUGGUGGACUCUAUAGCCAAGAGUCGAGACGCUGGCUGUCGGCCAUACAUGGCACCAGAGAGAAUAGAUCCACGUGCCUCCAGUAAAGGUUACGACAUUCGCUCAGAUGUUUGGAGUCUAGGAAUCACACUGAUGGAGCUGGCUACUGGGAAGUUUCCGUACCCAAAGUGGAACAGUGUAUUUGACCAGUUAACACAGGUGGUGCAAGGUCCUCCUCCCCAACUCAAAGGCACAGAGGGCAGGUUCUCAGAGGAUUUUGUAAACUUCCUCAACACAUGUUUAACCAAGGAUGAAAAGGAGCGACCAAAAUACAACAAAUUAAUUGAGCACCCGUUUAUAAAACGUUACGAGGAGUUAGAAGUUGAUGUAGCAAGUUAUGUUUGUAGUAUACAAGACCAAAUGAACGAUAGCGCUCAUGAAACAGAACAACAGUAUGCAUUGUCUUCCUCGUGAUACUGGGCCUAGCCCUGGGACACACAGACUCUUGGACUUGCAGGGUGUGCACAGUUCUGAUGUACACCCUACAUAUACACACAGUCAACCAGUCAUCUGUGUCUGCCUAACCGUGAUGACUCCCAGUAGACAUGUAUGUUUUUCUAGCUGUGGCUGUUUGGGUGGACAGACAGACUGGAAGUUGGUGUGAUGAUAAACUUGUGACAUCAGUCAGUGAGAGAGUGAAUACAUGAUCACCUAUGCAGAUUUUUUUACAACAAAUUGCAGAAUUAGGCGAUUCUUUUCCUCCACACACCAUGCAUUGCUCUUAAUUAUAAAUUUCGUAUGAUAGGAGACACUGUUGAUUUACAGACUUUGAACUCUCUUACCAUUGUCAGGACAGACUGUUCUUUCACAUUACUUGUUUAUCCUAUCUGAUAGUUCUCUGCACAAGGUCCACCGUUCAUACACAUAUCUCUUUAAAAUCUUCAUGGUGUUCUUUUAGUUACCUGUAUACCUCUCAAGAUGAGUUUAAGUGUGACUGCUACUGUAGGAUAUCACCCGGAAUCACAUUGUUCUGGUAUACAGCCUUAUAUCAAAUGUAGUUUUAACAUCUUUAAG